AUGUUCAUAGGUACAGUAUAUUCCAUACAGAUAUAUAAAUACCAGAUACACGAACGGAGUGAUUUUAAAUGGGGUGUACCGACAAACGGUAAAUUUAACGGGAUGAUUGGUGAGCUCCAGCGUGAAGAAUCUGACUUCUGUAUGAUCGCGGCGCCAACCCCUGAACGCCUGCAAGUUAUCGACUACACGAAGGGAUAUACACCAGACGUAAUGAUCACACUCUCUUUGAAGCCUACCUUAUUGCCAGAGAACCUUUCUCUCAUAAGACCCUUUGAAGGAGAACUGUGGGUAGCACUGCUGUUGAGCGUGGUGGCGUUUGGUGUGCUUAUGUGGGUGCUACAGAAAGUGUGGUUAUGGGCGGCGGGAGGGCGGAGUGUCAAGUUCAACACCGCCUUCCUGUACGGUUGGGGAGCACUCCUGGAAAAGCCUCCUCCGGUUCCCUCCGUCACCGUCUCUGGUCAAGUGCUGGUGGGGUGGUGGCUGGUGUUUUGUCUGAUCAUCACUACAGGAUACCGCUCGUCUUUAAUUGCUCACUUGACAGUUCAGGGGAAAUCAGCGACACUUGAGGGUUUUAUGGACUUAGUGCAACGCGACAAUUGGAAGUGGGGCAGCGAGGCUUGGUUCAUGACAGGAGUACCUUUAGAGUAUUUCUCAAAACAUACCGACCCAGUGGUCCAGAAGAUAUAUAAAGAAAUGGAGCUGCCUCUCGUGAAAGAAGCAUUCGAGAAGGUGCUCGCGGGUGGUUACUCCUUCAUCAGCUUCAAGAACUACGUCAGUGUCAUCAUUGCCUCCAGCUACAGCGAUAGCUUCGGCAGCACACCUUUCUACAUCGGCAAAGAAGAAAUACCCAUCUUCGUGGUCUCUGGAUGGGGAUUCAG